AUGGUCUUCACAGCAAGAUGUGUUGUCGUUAAUUUUGUAAACACUAGCAGAAGUAGUGACUGCAAAUUUUAUAGAUUUCCAAAAGUAGUGUGGAAACAAGAACAGCGCAAUAAAUGGAUAAUUGAUAAUUGCCGUAAGGAGAAAAAAUCCCGAUGGCACCCAAAACCGGACGACAGAAUUUGCAGUGCUCACUUUAUUGGUGGUAGAAAGACUGAUGAACAAGCCAGUCCCAGUUAUGUUCCAAGGAUCAAGACAAAUCAAGACGGAUUGACGAAAAUGCGGCAAUAUCGAGGUUCCAACGUUAUAUGGAACGAAGAAACGUGUACAAAAUCCAGAAAGGACGUUUACGUGCAACAGCCCCAGCUUGUAGAUCUUGCAGGUGUUACUCUUAACAACUUCAACUUUUUAUUAAAAACUACACAAAUAAAUUAUAUGGUGAGCGAAAAAGAUAGACUUCUACUUUUCUUGAUGAAAAUAAAACUUGGUGUCACAUUUUCAGCACUCAGUGUUUUGUUCGGUAUUCAUAGAACAACAGUGUCAAGAAUAUUCUGCCCGUAUGUUGAAGAAAUAGCAGCUGUUUAG